AUGGAGGGUCUAGGAGGGUCUUCACACUUCAAUGAUCACUCAUUCCCGUCGCACACGCUCACCCCUGCUCGUCGCACACAGCCAAUUCCCCCUCGUCGCACGUUGCUGCCCACGCUCUCCCUUUUCAGCUCCUCCCGUUCACCCAAAUCAUCUCCGCACGUCCUCCCUUUUCGUAUCCUCAACCCACUUUUCCCUCUCCCCAUCCCCUCCUCACUCCAUCUCCUCCUCUCCCCGUCCCCUCCUCACUCCAUCUCCUCUUCUCCCCAUCCCCCCCUCAUCCCAUCUCCUCUUUCCGUCCACCCCUCCUCACCCCAUCUCCGCCUCACCCCAUCUCCUCACCCCAUCUGCUCCUCUCCCCCUCCGCUACUGUCACCUUCCUUCGUGACUGCGUCCCCUCCUCUCCCCACCCCCUCCCGUCGCCUUCGCUCUGUCCCCUCCAUUGCCCAACCCAACUCCCUCGCGUCGUCUUCGCCCAUUCCCCAUCGCCCAUGCGAACUCCCUCCCGUCCCAUUCGGUCACUCUCCUUCUGCCGUCCACGCGCACUCCCUCCCGCGCACUCGACGACUCCCCUUCCGCCGCCCGCGCUCACUCCCUCCCGCGGCGAUGGUCCUCUCCGUCGCACAUGCUCACCCCCUUCAAUCGCCCACCUUCACUCCCCUCCGUUGCCCACGCGCUCUCCCUCUCGUCGCCCACGCUCACUCCUCCCCGUCGCGCACGCUCUCUCCCCAUCCGUCGCCCACGUCACUGCCCGCACGUUGCACACUCUCACUCGCGUCCGUCGCCCAUGCUCACCCCCCUCCCGUCGGCUUCGCUCACUCCCUCCGUCGCGUUAUCUCACACCCCUUCCACUGCCCUCGCUCACUCCCGUGUCGUCACACACGCAAUGACCCAAUCUCCACCGUCCCCCUUCUCAACUCCACCUUUUCUCCCUUCUCAACUCCACCCUUUCUCAAUUCUCAUCUCCACACUUUCUCCCUUCUCAUCUCCACCCUUUCUCCCUUCUCAUCUCCACCCUUUCUCCCUUCUCAUCUCCACCCUCUCCCUUCUCAUCUCCACCCUUUCUCCCUUCUCAUCUCCACUCUUUCUCCCUUCUCAUCUCCACCCUUUCUCCCUUCUCAUCCCCACCCUUUCUCCCUUCUCAUCUCCACCCUUUCUCCCUUCUCAUCUCCACCCUUUCUCCAUUCUCAUCUCCACCCUUUCUCCCUUCUCAUCUCCACCCUUUCUCCCUUCUCAUCUCCACCCUUUCUCCCUUCUCAUCUCAUCGCCAGUCUACAAGACCAACUGCACCACUUUGCAUACGCCCAUUCCAUCCCCCUGUCCCUCUCCCCGUCCCAUCGUCACGCCACCUCCUCCUCUCCUCGUCCCAUCGUCACGCCACCUCCUCUCCCCGUCCCAUCGUCACCUCACAUCGCAUACAUCCCUCAUAUUAUGAAGUUCCAUCUUUCCUUGUCACAUCUGAUUUUCUGA